AUGGAACACGACUCACUAUCAGACAGCGGCGGCGGCGGCAGCAACACCAGAGGUGCAGGUGCAACCAGCCGCAAGCGAGUGCUCAAGGUGGAGGAGGCGCCCAAGAAGCAGCGCCGGGGCGGCCUGCUGGCGGCAAUGAAGGCAAGCCAGCGCUGCUUGGCUUCUGCCAAAUAUGCUGCCAGCAGGGCCCAGGACCCAGAAAUAAAAAAGCUGCUGCCCCAGAUACCCGCCGAGCCGCUGCCUCCAUGCCCAGUGCCAGCCCCGCAGGCGCCAGCUGGCGGCGGAGGCGGCAGCGACAGCAGCGGCGGCGCCAGAGGCCAGCAGAAGGCAGCCGAGGCAGCGGCACGGCGAGUGCCGGCAGCCCCGGCGCCAAAGCAGCAAAGCAAAGAGGCCGAGGAGCCGCCGCCUUUGCCACCGCCGCAACAGCAGCAGCAGCAGCAGCAGCCGGCCCUGCAGGUGCUAGGCCCGCACUUAGUGCCGGUGAUUGUACCUCUCGUCCCGCUAGCACACCUGUACCUGCAGCAGCCCGGGGUCAGCAUGCAGGCAGGCACUUGCCUGCAGCCUGGCGGCGCUGCCAGUGCGCCUGAACCAGCGGUCGGCUGGCCAGACCCCACGGCAGUGGUGGCCCCAGCACAGGCGGGCGCAGGCGUGCGGGCAGCCUGGAUGGCUAGCACUGGCAGCGCGUUGCGCCCUGCUGGCCACGCGGCAGACGCGGCAGCAGCCAGCAGCAGCAGCCAACUACAGCAGCCGCCAAUAGCGCAGAAGCAGCCCUCACCGCACCGGCAGCAGCAGCAGCAACAGAAGCAGCGCUCACCGCAGCGGCAGCAGCAACAGAAGCAGCGCUCACCGCAGCGGCAGCAGCAGCAGCAGCAGCAGCAGGCAGGCAAGCAGGCAGGCCAGCAGGCAGGCAAGCAGGCGGCCAAGCAGGCAGCGAGCACCAAGUUCCGCCUCAACAUGCAGCGCAGGCCACAGAUGCAGCCAGGACCUGCCUCCUACACCCCGUCUCCUGCCAGCGCUGCUGCCGCAGAUGUCAACAGCAAACAAGUGCUGCUGCUGCAGCAGCAGCAAGGGCGGCAGCGGCGGCAGCGCCGACGAAGGAGUUCUGGAGGGGAGGGGGAGGGUGGCAGCCCGGAAGGGAGCCACGAGGGGCAGGCCCCCGCCCCCGCUCCGGGCAUGGUACUGCUGUCGCAGCUGCACGGUACCGCCGCGGCCGACGACGGCGGCGCUGCGGCAGCGCACACGCCCCUGCACUCGCCCAGGCCGCAGCCGCAGGUGCAGAGCCCGCAGCGGGUGGCGCCGGGGCCCGACGCGAGGCUGGCUCAGCAGGCGGUCGACCUGCUCGACCGCCUGGCAACCCCACAAGUGCUGGGCAUGGUUGGGCCCACCCAGGCGGCCGCCACCGGCAGCAGCAGCCCCAUGCUCACGCCGCUGGCAUGGCUGCUGAGAGAGCAGGGCGGCGGGGCUGGUGAGGAGGCCGCGCCUGGGGCCGCGCCCUGCGGCGCGGCCCUGCAGUCCCCCACGGCGGUGCUGCUGGCCGGGCUGAUGCACGGCGGCAGGGCGCCAGCUGGCGACGAGCAGCUGCCUGACGCGAUGAGCCCCGAGGAGCUUGAGGCGAUGCUGGAGCGGCAGGACUGGAGCAUAGAGGGCCUGUUUGGCUCCCUGCCCUCCACCCCAGCGCCACCCAAACCCGCCGCAGGCCCCGUCGUCAGCCUGCCGCUCGCCGUCUCCAGCCCGCUGCCCAGCAGCGGCGCAUCCACGCAGCUGCCGCUGUGCAGCACCGCGGCGGCGGCGGUGGCGGAGGCUGAGGUGGCGGCGGCCGCCGCCGCCACGUCUGCCAUGCUGGCCUCGCCCCUGGUGGCAGUCCUGCUGCAGGGCGGGGCGGCAGCAGGCUGCCGCGCCGCCGUCAUCAACAGCAUGCGCCCGCCAGCUGCUGGCAGCGACCAGCCUUUCCCCACCAGCCACCCUGGCCGGCAGCGGCAAGCGCAAGGAACGGAUGGGCAGCAGCAGCGGCAGCAGGCACUCCAAGCGUCGGCAUUGCCACCAGUGCCAGCGCUUCAGGGGCUGCCAGGGCCGGCAGAUGGGAGCGACGCAGAGGCGGUGGCGGCAGGCACAUCACUGACAUCGCCUGCCGGCCUCAAAUCGCCUUCGCUUGAGGAGUGGCUGAGAUGCUGCUAG